AUGCAUGAUUAUUCCCUGUUCUACAAGAAGCAAGGUUCUUCAACUGUUUUUGUAGCAGUUUAUGUUGAUGAUAUUCUCCUCAUACGCACUGAUUUAGAGGAAAUUAGUCAGCUCAAAGCUUUCCUACAUGAUAUAUUCAAAAUAAAAGAUUUGGGGCAGCUACAUUAUUUUCUACGACUAGAGGUACUUUACAAGGAAGAUGGUAUUAUUAUCUCACAAAGAAAAUUUGUUCUGGACCUUCUAAAAGAAUAUGAUUGCCUGCACUCAACCAGCCUGACCUUUCCUCUUGAUCCCGCAAUGAAACUGAAGGCUAAGGAGGGCUCUCCUUUAUUUGAUUCUACCUUUUACAGGAGAUUGGUUGGGAAGUUGAAUUUUCUUACAAACACCAUAUUGGAUAUAGCUUAUGGGGUCCAACAUUUGCGUCAGAUUAUGCAAGAUCCCAGGGAACCCCAUCUACAUGCAGCUUAUCACAUGUUGAGGUACCUUAAGAAAUAUCCUACUUUGGGCCUGUACUUCAGCAAUGCAUCUGAUCUUUCCAUCACUGCUUACUGUGAUUCUGACUGGGCAGCUUGCCCUGAUUCUAGGAGGUCUGUGUCUGGUUACAUUGUGCUUAUAGGAGGUAGUCCUGUGAGCUGGAAGUCCAAGAAACAGGAAACCAUUUCCUUGUCCUCGGCAGAAGAAAAGUACAUAGCACUUAGGAAGGUGUCUGCUCUACACAUUGCCAGGAAUCUUGUAUUUCGUGAGCGAACAAAACACGUUGAAGUGGAUUGCCAUUUUGUGCGCACCAAGCUUCAGGAGGGCCUUAUUUCCUUGCAUCAUAUUGGCACUAUAGAGCAACUGGCAAAUGUUCUUACUAAAGCGCUCGCUGGAAUGAAGCAUUCCUUUGUUCUUGGCAACUUGGUUGUGAUUACCUCACCUCCAACUUGA